CGAUGCAAAUUCGUCCUGUCAGUGAAGCAGUUCACGGGAAACAAGGCCUGCGAAGAGCUUUUUCGAUGCCCUCUGUGCUACCACGAGCUUUUGCCCCGACGCUGGAAGAGCUGCAUUCUCGUACAUACCGCAGCGGAACUUGAUCGUUGUAUGCUGCGUGAGUACGACAGAGUCAAGACACUUGAGUUUUCGUCGGGGGACGGAGUCUUUCCCUGUGCCUCGAUGCUGCGAGGUUGCCGGGAGCGUUGUCGCUUUGGAACGAGCUGAUGUCGGGGCAACCUUCCAGCCCCCACCCAGCCCACCUCCUGGAUGUCACUACCUUUCUUUGCGGGGCACCGCCUAGCUGGAAAUCCCGCGAGUUGCGAAAGUGGACACAACUGGUUUCUUUGUCUCGUUUUCUGCCCGAGACUCUACGGUUCCUCGCAGUUGUCUAACCUGCAGCCGCUCUGUCGUGAGGAAUACGCUGUCUCCCGCUGGCUGCCGACCAAAAGCCGAAGAAGCAGGACAAGAGCCAGCGCCGCAGCGAGACCCGUCUUUCCUGUUACACUACUGAAUCCCGCGUCUUAACUCUUUCCCUUCCCAUUUUCCUUCCCGCGCUACUCCAGGAGAACUUGGAGGCGAAAUCGCCUCGCCGACGUCCUUGCCAUCGUUCCUCCCCUUCUUCUAGCUUUCGAGAAAUCUCAGUGGGCAUGAGUUUCAAUUUUCGGCCUCUGCACUUUUCACGCAGGCAAAACUCGACCCCGACUGUCCCUCCAGCUCUGCUCGAGCGCUGAAGGUUUGGACGAACGUCGGCCGGAAGAACCAAGAUGGAACGAAGGUACGCCAGAAAACAUUUGAAUGCUUUGGCGAUCCCGCCGUCGGCUGCCGCAACAGCCUGAACGGUUUCUCGCGACGGAAGAGCUCGCCUCGAUUUCAUAGGAAUCCUGGCCUAAAUGCUGUCAUGAGAUCUGCAGUCUUUGCUCUCUGCUUCUGAGGCGCUCACGUCCAGGGCCGUUUGUAUCGUCAUCACUCUCUAAACCUACUAAGUUUCUUCGGUUUUUGUCUUCCUAAAGGUCUGCAGCGUGCGUGUAGCACGUCUCCCGUAAGGCCAUUUGAAUUUUUCGUAGCGUUUCUCGUUUGGCGGUGGGACACUUGUGCCCCCUGGGCGAGCGUUGCGGACUUGUGUGUCGAAAGCACGGCUUUGCCGGAGAGAGCCGUUCCCCAUCGCACUUCGUUCUGUAUAGACAUCGAGGCAUUUGAGGUGUCUCGCAGUCGUUUGUAGAGGUCCAGGAACUCGCGCGAAGGCAAUCCGACCAUGCCCGCUUACGCCGGGAUGUCUGCAGCCGCUAGGGAUCCUGCCUGCGGGGUCGUAGGGGACGCCCCUCCGUGUGCUUCGAGCAACGGAGCGAUGAGAAGUCUGGGACAGCGUCUUUCCCGACAAGACGAUGCCUCUGGAAGCUGCGGAUCAACUUGUCCUGCCGCGCUCUCUCCGUCGGGUCCGGAGAAGCUCCACAGUCUGUCCCCGAGAGCGAAGAGUUGCCUCUCGGAUUCAGCCGCUCCGCCGUCGGCCAGUCCCCUGACGCUGACUCGAACCGCUGUGCUUACUGGUUCAGUUACCUUCCGUGAAGUUCCUAGAGCAGGGGCUGAGGCGACCUCCAAUGGCGUGGUCACCUGCAUCUGCAGCGAAUGUGUUACGCGCUUGACCGACGGCUGCUGCGCCCGUUGUGGUCGCGAGUGUGUGUCCGCCGCGACUUCCACGGUCAGUCCUGCGAAACGCGCGCGAAAGGAAUUGCGACCGGAAGACGCAGCACUAUCGGCCACCGCCGGUCCUUGCUCGAAUGGGAACUGCAUCCAGCCGUGCGAGUACGCAAAAUCCGCCCUCGUCGCGGCGUGUUCAGGCUCUUCCGAAAAGAUCACGCAGAGUGCUUCUGCCCAGGUCCCCGCGAACUGCGGCGAAACUGCCAAGUCCGGAAAGAACACAUUCCCGGCUUGGUGGUCCGAACAGCGCGAGCAGCUGCUCGGCCAGCAGCGGCGACUCGCCAGCGCUUUGCCGUCGAUACACCCGACGGCUUUCACCGCCGAACAGGCGGAGUCGCUCGAUGCACUGACACGGCAUGGUUACCGCGUGAUUUCCGGAGCGACUGCGGAGCCGUUCGCGGAUUUUGUCGAUCGGUACGACAACUUCAUUUUUGAUGUUGACGGAGUUCUGGUCAUGGGCAGCCAGCAGUUCGCCGGCGCGCCCGCUGCCCUCCAGGCCUUGCGACAACGAGGCAAACGCGUCAUUUUCUUCACGAAUGGCGCCAGCAAAAGCAGGCGAACCUGCGUCGCGCUGCUUAGAAAAGCUGGAUUCGAAGCUCACGAAGAGGAGAUGAUCUGCACGAGCUACGCGGCGGCGGAGUACAUGCGUCUGACACAUCCGCACGUGAAGAAGGUGAUGGUUAUCGGAGAAUGCGGCUUGAAGGAGGAGUUUCGAGAAGCGGGCAUGGUUGCUGUGACGGCUGAAGAACACGCGUCUUCCCCGGAUGCGCCUUCGCCAGCUCCGUCGAUUUCUUCGGAACGCGAUUUCCUCGAUUUGACGCGGGCACUCGAUCCGUCCGUCGGCGCGGUUGUUGUCGGCUGGGACCGGCAGCUGUCCUACGUGAAACUGUGUCUGGCUUCUCUGUAUCUCCAGAGAAACAACGGCGCGCUGCCCUUCAUUGCAGCGAAUCGCGAUGCGUACGACGUCAUUGGGGGCGCAAAGAUGCCGGCCAACGGAGCCGCAGUUGCCGCUCUCGAGCUCUGUUCGUCUCGGCAGGCUGUGUGUGUUGGGAAACCGAGCGCCUGGCUUGUCCAGUUUCUCUUCAGCAAGUACAAUUUAGAUCCGAGCAGAACGGUUGUGUGUGGAGAUCGGUUAGACACAGAUAUAGCUUUCGGGAAGUGCGCCGGAAUCGACUCCUGCGUCGUGCUCACCGGGUGCACCACGGUGGAACACUUAGUCGGAAUGCCACCCACCCACCCCAGUGCCCCGACGGUCGUUCUGCCACACGUGGGGCUCCUUCAAACCCUCAAGUACGCAGACACUGCGAAAGCAGGCGUGGUAGCGGAGAGAAUGCAGAACGGAGACCACUGCGCGUAGCCGAUGAUUGAAGAAAGAACCGUUUUGGGAGGCGGGACAGCUGGGAGAAGCAGCCAACAACCGACGUCAAUCUGUCCGGUGUCUUGCCCGCUUCGAGGGCCUCGGAACGCUGCCUAUGGGCAGCUUCGGGCGCGACGCCUUUGUGUCUCGCAGGGGGUCGGAAGAAGAACAGACACGACCCGGGAUGCGACGGAGCAUCCCAGGUAUUAGGUAGACGAAAGGUACACAGUUGGUGGCCUACAAAUCCGUGUCAGUGCACGCUUCGUGUCACACAGUGUACAGUGUUUCACGCGGUUGUUGACCUAGGGUUGUCCGAAACGGAGAACCUCGACCGCACGCUGUCUCUGAAAACAGCCGCCUGGUCCGCAAAUGGAGGGAACCGACAAGACGACUCGCGGAGAGUAGGGAGUGGGGAGAGAGGAAGCGAAAGAGAAAAGAGAGGAGGAACAGGACUGUCCCCGCAACGGGUUCCGUGCAAAAGGUCCCAGCAUUCGGUUGGGUGCCCUCCUUCGGGUUGUCUGCUUUGACAUGUGCACCAUUGCAGACGUACAAACGCAUCUCUACACAGAGGAAGCGGGGCAAGAAGCAAGAGAAACAAAAGAUACGCUUGGGGCUUUACAGCGACGAAUAGAAAGUGUGCAUACUUGCCUCCAUAAGCAUUACAGGGUCGAAAUUGGAUCAGGAGAACACGUCACAGCCAGAAGUACAGGAAUUUGGGUACUCCAAUCAGGAGAGAAACACAUACUAACAGCCAGAAGACGGCAGUAAGAGGGACGACGGAAGGGAGAAGGGGAUAUUAGGCGUUGCCGUGGAGUAUGGUAUGUUGUCUUUGUUUCUGUUUUUACCGGCCCUGACCGUCGUCGUCUGUGUUCGUACGAAGGAGAAACACCCAUCAUGGUGCGGGUGCCCUCCGACAGUUUCUCGUAUACAUAGUUCAGUUCUGCAAUCAUUGAGUGACAUGCCUUAUUAAGACAUGUUCUUUGUCUGCCGUUGCCAGGCAGGGUUUCAUAAUUCGUUUUUGAACGCAAAGAACCUCUCUCGGUCAACAUCUCUGUCUUGCCUCGGAACGACUUACCUACCGAACGGAGCCGACCUGCUUUCGGAUUCCGUUUGUCUCAAUACGGC